AUGAAACAACCCUCUCAGCCCAUCGAGACCGCUCCCACUCCUUGUAAGACUCACAGCGAGCGUCAGGAGAAGGCUCGAGAGGCGACCAUGGAUUUCAAGAAGAGGCUCCGCAAUAUGGAAAAGCCUAAGAAGGACGAGACUGCUAUCAACGACAACGGCGAUGGAGAGCAGCCUGACACUUCUAGCGGUAAUGACCGGAGCCAUGGAGCUGAAUUUUCUGACGCCGACGGAUGGAUUUCUGACGAGGCCGUUCAACUCGUUGACACCGCUACCGUGCCCUAG